AUGAGUACCGACUCUGAGACACUUGCCUCGCUUCGUAGGAGUCGCAAAGGCAAGCGGGUCGCUACCCCUGAGGCUAGAGACAUGCCUCAAGCUUCUCGAGGUGCGUCUUUGAGAAUGAGACUUGAGGACCACUAUGAUAGGAGUCCUGACUUGCGUGAAGUCAGAGAAGAAGAUCAAGAGCCAACCCGUUCAACUGAAUUUGAACAAGCAAUGAUCCAUUGGUAUCGCCAAGCAAAGGAAUUAACUGGAGAUGGAACGACGAGUUCAGGCACUUUUGCCCAUUUUAGAAAGGCGAAACCACCCACUUUUGAUGGGAAAGGUGAUCCUCUUGCGACUGAGCGUUGGAUUAAAAAGAUUGAUGGGAUCUUUGAAGCUGAAGAAGUUCCCGAGGAUCGAAAAGUUAAAUUUGCCACCCAAUACCUGGAAGGUGAAGCAGAGUUUUGGUGGGAUGGAAUGAAGCCAAGUCUUGGAGGUAGGGAUGUUAUUAUAUCCUGGGAGGACUUUAAAAAGGUGUUCAAUGCUCAAUUCUUCCCAAAGUCAUUCCAGGCAAAGAUGAAGGGUGACUUUGUACAUGUAUCUCAAGGUGACUCCACUGUUUUGGAGUAUUCAAUCCGCUUUAAUCAGUUGAGUAGAUUUGCAGAGCACUUGGUAGCAAAUGAAGAAGAUAAGGCCGACCAUUUCCUAGGAGGGCUCCGACCUGAAAUUAAUUCUGCAUUUGCACCUUUCGUAUUAACAACUUAUAAAGAUGUGCUAGAACGAGCAAUCAAGGUGGAACAAAGCAUUCUGAAGCACGGCACACAAGGAACGCCUCAACCCAAAAGGUUUAAGCCCACAAAUGUGCAAGGUAGCCAUACUGAUGAUAGUGGAAGGCGAAGAGGCUUCAGCCGGCCAGGACAGUUCAAAAAUCCAAGUAACCAAGGCCCUUGUAAUACAUGUGGAAAUUAUCAUUACGGUGAGUGUUAUCGGAAAAUGGGAGUAUGCUUCUCAUGUGGGAAAGCGGGACACAUGCUGUGA